AAAGAAUGUGGACACUUCCGGAGCGCCAACUGCCCAAUAGAAAUGCAGGCCACUCUGGGAAAUGGGCAGCCGGAGGGCGGGACGAGGAGGGCUGAAAAACAGAAAAGGAUUCACAUUCUUUACACUCUGUGGAGAGUGAGCCGACGGACUGUAGCCUGCGCCUCGACAAGUUCCUUUGUUCUUUGUUUUCUUUAAAUUACCUUUUUUCCUUUUUGUCUUAGAAAAUACACGUGGAUGAAAAUGAAACGAGAGCUCCCUAGAGAUCACUCAGAGCUGUUCUCGUAGGUUUUUAACUUCCCGUUGCUCAAGGGCCCACGCUGGCAUCUGGGGUGUGCUUGCACCUGCAAAGAAUCCAGCUUCUAGGGAGCAGCGCGAGCUGAAAAGAAUUUCUGCUUGGACACUGCAUAGCUGCUGGGAAAAUGAACGUCAGUAUUGAUUUGGAAACGAAUUAUGCCGAAUUGGUUCUAGAUGUGGGAAGAGUCACUCUGGGAGAGAACAACAGGAAGAAAAUGAAGGACAGUAAACUGAGAAAAAAGCAGAAUGAAAGUGUCUCACGAGCUGUGUGUGCCCUGCUGAAUUCUGGAGGGGGAGUGAUCAAGGCUGAAAUUGAGAAUGAAGACUAUAGUUAUACAAAAGAUGGAAUAGGACUAGAUUUGGAGCAUUCUUUUAGUAACAUGCUGUUAUUUGUUCCUGAGUACCUAGACUUCAUGCAGAAUGGUAAUUACUUUCUGAUUUUUGUGAAGUCAUGGAGCUUGAACACCUCUGGUCUGCGGAUUACCACCUUGAGCUCCAAUUUGUACAAAAGAGAUAUAACGUCUGCAAAAGUCAUGAAUGCUGCUGCUGCACUGCAGUUCCUCAAAGACAUGAAAAAGACUAGAGGGAGAUUGUACUUAAGACCGGAAUUGCUGGCAAGGAGGCCCCGUGUUGAUAUACAAGAAGAAACUAACAUGAAGGCCUUGGCUGGGGCCUUUUUUGACAGAACAGAACUUGAUCGGGAAGAAAAAUUGACCUUUACUGAAUCCACACAUGUUGAAAUUAAAAACUUCUCCACAGAAAAGUUGUUACAACGAAUUAAAGAGAUUCUCCCUCAGUAUGUUUCUGCAUUUGCAAAUACUGAUGGAGGAUAUUUGUUCAUUGGUUUAAAUGAAGAUAAAGAAAUAAUUGGCUUUAAAGCAGAGAUGAGUGACCUCGAUAAGUUAGAAAGAGAAAUUGAAAAGUCCAUUAAGAAGAUGCCUGUGCAUCACUUCUGUAUGGAGAAGAAGAACAUAAAUUAUUCAUGCAAAUUCCUUGAAGUAUAUGAUAAAGGAAGUCUUUGUGGAUAUGUCUGUGCACUCAGAGUGGAGCGCUUCUGCUGUGCAGUGUUUGCUAAAGAGCCUGAUUCCUGGCAUGUGAAAGAUAACCGUGUGAUGCAGUUGACCAGGAAGGAAUGGAUCCAGUUCAUGGCGGAGGCUGAACCAAAAUUUUCCAGGUCAUAUGAAGAGCUGAUCUCUCAGAUAAAUAUGCCAUCACCUACUCCCCACAGUUGGCCUCAUUUGGAAGGGCAAUGGCAGAGACAUCACCGUCCAGGGCUAUCAGGAAGGAUAACAUACACUCCAGAAAACCUUUGCAGAAAACUGUUCUUACAACAUGAAGGACUUCAGCAAUUAAUAUGUGAAGAAAUGGGCUCUGUCACUAAGGGCUCACUAAUCUUCUCUAGGAGUUGGUCUUUGGAUCUGGGCUUGCAAGAGAACAACAAAGUCCUCUGUGAUGCUCUUCUGAUUUCUCAGGACAAUCCUCCAGUCCUAUAUACUUUCCACAUGGUACAGGAUGAGGAGUUUAAAGGCUAUUCUACACAAACUGCCCUAACCUUAAAGCAGAAGCUGGGACAAAUUGGUGGUUACACAAAAAAAGUGUGUGUCAUGACAAAGAUCUUCUACUUGAGCCCUGAAGGCAAGACAAGCUGCCAGUAUGAUUUAAGGUUGCAAGUAAUUUACCCUGAAUCCUACUAUUUUACAAACACUCAAACAAGGAAAGACUUGCUGAAAGCCCUUUUUAAAGCCUUAAAGAGACUUGAGUCUGUGAGAGACCAGUUUGCCUUUGCCAGUGUCUCCCAGAUAAUCAGUAUAGAUUGCUUUCAGAAGAAUGAUAAAAAGAUGUUUAAAUAUUGUCGAAUGCUCACCUGAUGGAAAAUGGACUGGGCUACUGAGAUAAUUUUCAUUAUAUAUUUGAUAACAUUCUCUAAUUCUGUGAAAAUAUGUCUUUGAAAACUUUGCAAGUUAAGCAACUUGAUGUGAUGUUGGAAAAUUGGGUUUAGCCUAUCUUCACUUCUCAGAUAUUGCUUGAGGGAUAUUAGGAAAAUUAAUUUGUUAACUAGUCUGUGCACAGUAUUACUCUGUCUGUAGUUCCUGAAUAAAUUUUCUUCCAUGCUUGAACUGGGAAAAAUUGCAACACUUUUAUUCUUAAUGACGACAGUGAAAAUCUCCCAGCAUACGUCUAGAAAACAAUGAUAACUUACAAAAGAUUAUCCUUGAUGAAACUCAGAAUUUCCACAGUGGAAAUGAAUAAGAAGGCAAAACUCAUGUCCUCAAAACAAAAACUCCAGGAAUUCUCUGGAUCUUCUUGAGCUACUUUCACACUAUUUUCUUGGAAGGGUUGCAGAUUUUCUAAUUGGUCAGCUAGCACCUUUAAAGAACUCACAAGAAUGGUUACUUGAUUUUUCUACAAGCAGUUCUGAAUAAAAAAGGUGAGUUGACAAAAUGUGGAAAACCCUCCCUAACUAAGAUUGGAAGGAAAGCAGCCAAAGUGUAAGUAGAAACUCUUUUAGACAAUGAGAGUUUACAUCAACAAGAGGAAGGAGCACCAGGGUUUGGCAUUUCCCACUCAUCUAAGAUGAGCUAAGGGACUGAGAUGAAGCUCAGUGGAGUGGGAUACACCCUUGGCUGGGUGAUUUGAAUUCAUGCCUAAGACGUUCAGUGGGAUCUUGGAACAGAGACGUUCAGUGGCAUCUUGGAACAGAGAAUAGAGCCUAAAUUACCCAUCAGGGCCUCUGCCUUCUCCACCACUGUGCCCAAUACCAGAGAAAGUGGAUCAAUGCAUUCAGUAUUCUGAGAAAAGUUUUACUAACACAUAUUUUGCCAAACCGAGAUGAUGUUUGACUAUAAAGGAAACAGGCAGACAUUCUUAUCAAAGGAUAUAGGGAACAUAGUUCUCUUCUACCUUCUUGAAAACUAUGCUGCAAUGAAAUCCAGCCAAUGAAGAGAAUCAAAAUGAAGAACUUAAAACGAGAGCAUACUUGCACUCCUGGAGUCUCUCUCCAGCCCUGAACUGUGGCCAGCACAGUGUGUCAGUCUGUACCAGCUGCUGGUAUGGGUGACUUGGGCACAGGCAAGACCAUCAUCAUCACACACUGUGUGCACCAGAACUCCUCCUGGCAUCUCCAAGCCAGUUCACCAUUGUGUGAACUGUGCACUGAAGGAGCUCCACUGGGACUCAGAGGCCUUGGCGCACCUGCAGCUGUGGAACAUUGCAAUGAGGAAAGAUUGGGGAAAUGACAAAAACAUGUUGUCUGGAAUUUAUAGGUGCAUUGAUUGUCUUCAGUAUCACCAGGCCAGCCCCAUUUGAAGCACAGUCAAAGUGGAAAAAUGAUUUGGACUAAAUGUUAACUCAUGGCAGAUCAGUUUCUGUGGUUCUGUUGGCCAAGAAAUGUGACCAUGGGAGGAUGAAUGCAGAAACAGUAGCCUCAAGAUAGGCCAGAUCUACAUGGAACAUAGUUCUGUAGGAUGAGUUGAAACAUCAGCAAAGGACAAUGUAAACUUGAUGAAGUCUCCAGGUGCCUGGAUGCCAAAUAGA